CAGCGCGGGUUUGGACGUUGUUCCGUCAGAACCGGUCGAACUCACACAGAGCUCACGAAUAACUCACAAAUAACCCACAAAUCGUGUUUUAUAUGUGGUUUUGUGUUCAAAACCAAGUCAUCUGCUGCAAUGACUUCUGUGAAGAGGAAGCGGGAGCCUGAAGUUUUGGUGGACGACGACGAAGAAGAAGUAACGGUGAAACCGGGCCGAGGAGCUCCAGUAGAGGACCGGAGGAGCCGCCACUGCCCCUACCUGGACACGAUCAACAGGAGUGUGCUGGAUUUCGACUUUGAGAAGCUUUGCUCAAUCUCUCUCUCCCACAUUAAUGUUUAUGCUUGCCUCAUAUGUGGGAAGUACUUUCAAGGCAGAGGUCUGAAGUCUCACGCUUACACGCACAGUGUCCAGUUCACCCAUCAUGUGUUCCUCAACUUGCAUACACUCAAGUUUUACUGUCUGCCUGAUAACUAUGAGAUCAUUGACUCGUCACUGGAAGAUAUCACGUAUGUGUUGAAGCCCACUUUCACCAAGCAGCACAUUGCAGGGCUGGACAAGCAGGGUAAACUGUACAGAGCCUAUGAUGGAACAACCUACCUGCCAGGCAUUGUGGGACUUAACAAUAUCAAAGCCAAUGACUAUGCCAAUGUGGUAUUACAGGCUUUUUCCAAUGUCCCCCCGUUGCGAAACUACUUCCUGGAGGAGGAAAACUACAGAGGAAUCCGUAGGCCGCCAGGGGACAUCAUGUUUCUUCUGGUGCAAAGGUUUGGUGAGCUGAUGCGCAAACUUUGGAAUCCAAGAAACUUCAAGGCCCACGUUUCUCCCCAUGAGAUGCUGCAGGCUGUAGUGCUGUGCAGCAAGAAGAACUUCCAAAUCACAAAGCAAGGUGAUGCGGUAGACUUUAUGACAUGGUUCUUAAAUGCUCUACAUGGUGCUCUCGGAGGCACAAAGAAGAAGCCAUCAAUCCUUACAAAAGUAUUUCAAGGCUCCAUGCGGAUCUUCUCCAAGAAACUUCCCCACCCCGAUUUGCCAACAGAAGAAAAAGAGGCACUGCUGUUGACAGAUGAGUACCAGGAGCAGAUGUCUGAGUCCACCUUCCUGUUUCUGACCCUUGACCUCCCAACGGCUCCUCUUUACAAAGAUGAGAAGGAGCAGCUUAUUAUCCCACAGGUCCCGCUCUUCAACAUCCUGUCCAAGUUCAACGGCAACACAGAGAAGGAAUACAAAACGUACAAAGAGAAUUUUCUCAAAAGGUUCCAGCUGACUAAACUGCCUCCUUACCUCGUCUUUUGCAUCAAAAGAUUCACCAAGAACAACUUUUUUGUGGAGAAGAACCCCACGAUUGUAAACUUCCCAAUCACGAAUGUAGAUCUCCGUGAGUACCUGACAGAAGAGGCUCAAGUUACAGAGAAGAACACAACUUAUGACCUGAUUGCCAAUGUCGUGCAUGAUGGGAAACCCACUGAAGGAUCAUACAGAAUACACGUCCUCCAUCAUGGGACGGGGAAGUGGUAUGAAAUGCAAGACCUGCAGGUGAUCGACAUUCUCCCACAGAUGAUCACGCUGUCAGAGGCUUACAUCCAGAUUUGGAAGAGACAAGAGAGUGAUGACACAAACAACCACACAGGGGCGUAAUCGAUGCAGGAUACGCCAUACUAUAAGACAGAGGGAAGUACUUGAGUGAUUCACAAUAAGAGCAGAAUAUAAGAUGGAAGUUGUGUCAGGACAUUCUUUAUAACCACAAGAAGGAAAAUGUUUGUUUUUCCUUCUUUACCCACAGUUGUUUUUUUUUUGUUUUUUUACCAAUUA